GCCCCCGCGGCCGCCCCCGCCCCCGGGCGGCCCUGGCGCGGAGCCGCUGCCGGUGCCGGUCCCGCCGGGCCGGUCUGAGCGGCGGCUGCCGGCGCUGCUGGGCGAGGUCAGGGAAAGUCCAUGUGAGGAGCGGCUGGAAUCACUUCCUGCCGCCGCCCGGCCCCGCCGCGCCAGGCCCAGGGCAGCCUCGGGGGCCGGCGCCCCUCAGAUGUGCCCUACUUUGGAUAUUCCUGCAUUGAAUGUCUGAGGAGCUCCAGCCGAUCCUGAGCCAUGUCGCAGAUGUUGCACAUAGAGAUUCCCAACUUCGGGAACACCGUUCUGGGCUGCCUGAACGAGCAGCGGCUGCUGGGGCUGUACUGCGAUGUCUCCAUCGUGGUGAAGGGCCAAGCCUUCAAGGCUCACCGGGCUGUGCUGGCCGCCAGCAGCCUCUACUUCCGAGACUUGUUCAGCGGGAACAGCAAAAACGCCUUUGAGCUGCCGGGGACCGUCCCCCCCGCUUGCUUCCAGCAGAUCCUGUCCUUCUGCUACACCGGCAAGCUGACCAUGGCAGCCAGCGAGCAGCUGGUGGUGAUGUACACGGCGGGCUUCCUGCAGAUCCAGCACAUCGUGGAGAAAGGCACGGACUUGAUGUUCAAGGUCAGCUCUCCCCACUGUGACUCUCAGACCACCAUGAUCGAAGACCCCAGCUCGGAGCCGCAGAGCCCCUGCAACCAGCUGCAGUCGGCCUCGGCUCCGUACGUCAUGUCCCCCUCCAUGCCCAUCCCGCUCCUCACGCGGGUCAAACACGAGAACCUGGAGCUGCAGGCGCUGCCGGCGCUGCCCGGCAAGCGGCCCCUGGAGCCGGGGGCGCGGGACGGGCCGGGCGGCGCCGGCGGCAGCGGCGCGGGGCCCCUGAAGCUGUCGCGCGUCUCCUACUACGGCGUGCCCAGCCUGGCCACGCUGCUCCCCAACGUGCAGCAGGUGCAGUACUCGCAGGGGGAGCGCACCAGCCCCGGCGCCAGCAGCAUCCCCACCACCGACAGCCCCACCUCCUACCACAACGAGGAGGACGAGGAGGACGACGAGGCCUACGACACCAUGGUGGAGGAGCAGUACGGGCAGAUGUACAUCAAGUCCUCGGGAGGUUACUCUGUUGCCCAGGAGAAGGCAGAGCAGAUCCCUCUGGAGAACCGCUCGUGCGUGCUGAUCCGCCGGGACCUGGUGGCGCUCCCUGCCAGCCUCAUCAGCCAGAUCGGGUACCGCUGCCACCCCAAGCUCUACUCAGAGGGAGAUCCUGGGGAAAAACUCGAGCUUGUUGCAGGCUCAGGGGUUUACAUCACCCGGGGGCAGCUGAUGAAUUGCCAUUUAUGUGCUGGUGUCAAACACAAGGUCCUGCUCAGACGUCUCCUGGCCACCUUCUUCGAUCGGAACACCCUUGCCAACAGCUGUGGAACUGGAAUCAGGUCCUCCACCAGCGAUCCCAGCAGGAAGCCCUUGGACAGCAGAGUCCUUAAUGCAGUCAAAUUGUACUGCCAGAACUUCGCCCCGAGCUUCAAGGAGAGCGAGAUGAACGUGAUCGCGGCCGACAUGUGCACCAACGCGCGGCGCGUGCGCAAGCGCUGGCUGCCCAAGAUCAAGUCCAUGCUGCCCGAGGGGAUGGAGAUGUACCGCAGCGUCAUGGGCUCCUCCACAAACACUGGCCCCCUGGAGCCCGACUUCCCGCCCGCCGCCGCUCAGGUCUUCGAGCAGCGCAUCUAUGCAGAGAGGAGGAGCGACCCGGGGACCGUCGUGGCCUUGAGAACUAACACGGUGAACGUGGAGCUGAGCAACGGGUCCGGCCAGUCCUUCGAGCAGGGCGAGGACGCCGAGCCCGCCGGCUCCGUCAUCCAGGAGGCGGCUGCCGCAGACCUGGCACCAGAAACCCAAAGCGCUGCCCAGCCCUUCGAGCAGGGCUCGGGCUCCUCCAGCCGGCCCCAAACCCCCGCGAGAAGACAGGAUGGUACUUAUGGAGGGACUUUAUAAAAGAGAGCAAACAUUUCAUGACCUAUAAGGGAUCUGUAAUACUAAAGCUGCUUGCAUGCAUUACUAAUACGAAACAAAACAAAAAAAAAUGUGAUCAAGCCACUUACCUACUGAACUGCUACUGUUGCCUGAAAAAAAUGUGAUUUUUAUUCUGCUUGUAUUUAAAAUUUAUGAAGGAAAUAAUCGCAUUCGUUAUACUGUAAACGACUAGGUCUGUGGCGACCUACUUAAAAAAAUAUUGGGCUCCUUUUUUGAUAUUCCUGAGGUUAGUCUAUAAGAUUGUAGCUUUUUCUUUUUUUUUUUUUUUUAUCUUUCGGUUUUUUUUUGGUUUGUUUUUUUGUUUGUUUGUUUGUUUUAAGAAGGGGAGGAGAAAAGCUAGCCACCCCCCACCCACCACCACCCCGUCAUCACCCCAUCCAUCACUCAGCUCAGAAGUAAAGCCAUGGUUAACCUUGUCCUCUAAGGAGAGUUUUGUCACUGAACAGGAAAGCGAGGUGUGUUGGGGUGCAGGUGCUGUGACUGGCCGUGUUUGUCUCGGGAAGGGCUCGAGCCAAGUGGGAUGGGCUGGGGGAAAUGGUGACAGUGAUGGUGAGCAGAUCCCUCUGGAGUCAGGAGGAGCCCUGGCUGUGGGUGCUGCUGUCCCAGGGAGUUUCCCUGGAGCAGGGAGUUCAGGCUGGCACGUGUCGGGAGGACUGCGUGGGAUGCAGGUGGAGGGCCUGGCCACCCUUUGGGUUGUGGUCUGGUUUUUGCCCAGUAUGGCUGGGAUUGGGUUUGGGAUUGGGUUUGGGUUUGGGUUUGGGUUUGGUUUCUCUCUCCCUUCCUCCCUCCCAGCGACUCCUCCUCCUUUGCUUCUCCGUGUUUGCACCUUCACAUCCCCACUCUGGGCUCUGCACCCCAGGGUGUGCAGGUCCUGGGGCACCUGCUGGGAGAGGAGGAACCCCCCCCCAGCCUGUGGAGGGAUUUAGGGAGGAAUCUGAGCAUGGAGAGCACGUUGUUCUUGCUCCAAAGGGCACGGAGUGGGGAGCUCCUGGUGUUAGCUCCUGGCAGCAUCCACAGGGGAGGCAGAGCUCAGUGUGUGCAGAGCUCUCCCUCUGCCCCCUCCCUCCUCCCCAGGCCAACCAGGCUCUCGCUUUUUAAUAAUUUGGAGUGUAUUGGAUGCAAAAAUUAAAAGAAAAAAUGAGGUUUGUGCCCUUCUGUGAAGAGGUUUUGGGGAGGAGGAAGCGCUUUGCCUCCUGCUCACCCUCCUGCAGCCCCUUCUGGGGAAAACCCAAUGUGGAGUUACUUGUCUUUAUUUUUGUUGUUGCAGGCUGAUGUCCCCGGGCUGUGGUGGCUUUGGUGGCCUCAGGAUGGGACUUGUGGGUGUCCCUGGAGCCUGAUGGGCAGCAGGUACCUGCUCUGUCCCUCACCUUUACGAGCCCCAAGUGACCAGAAUCUGUCCUACAGAUGCUGCAGCUUCCCCCAAAUUCUGGGGCCAGGCUGGGGGUCCCACAGGGAUGGCACUGCUGGGCUGCCCCCAAGGGAUGGGGACAAUGACCUGAAAGCCAAGUUUGGCUUUUUUCCUUUUUUUUUUUCCCUUUCUUUUUUUUAAUGGUGAUUAUUUUUACUGUGACUUAACAACCUGCUUUAAUGACACUUGCAGCUUGUUCUUUAACACGUUUGGGACUAGGAACAAGGUGCACAAAAAGUCACUUUUUGGCUGCUGUGGCUGUGCUCCUCUUUUCUUUCCUGCUUUGAUUCCCUAAUCCAGACAGCGCUUUGCUCAGGGUUUUCUUCCUUCUUUGUAUUUCCAUUGGGAAAGGGGGAGUGGGGAGAGGAUAACCCAACUUUUGGCCAUUUGUUUUGUUUUCUUUGAUACUUGAAGCAGUUUUUUGCAUCGUAAAUAACGAGGCUGCCCAGCCUGUGCCACUGCUCCUGACACAACAGAUCGGUGAUGGGGAGGGGUCCUGCCCCACGUUGGGUUCUGGCAGAGCUUUUUUGGGGGGACUGUGAUGCCCCAGACCAGGUUUUGGGGGCUGGUGCAGGUGCAGAGGUGUGGGAUGCUUCGCAGAGGUGGGAAUGGGCACGGCUCGAUUUGCACUUUACCCACGUCACUAAAAAAUCCGGGGGACCACGGGCUGGGCUCUGGGGCCAUCCCUGGGACACAGAGCAAUUCCUGGGGUGUCCCCGUGCCCCUCAGGGCAGCUCAGCCAGCUUGGUGGGGCUCAGAUUUGGCUGAGGACCCUCCUGAUCCCCAAAUCUUUGGGUUUGCCAAAAGCUUGAGGCAAGCUGGGAGCGGCUCCGGGUGCCGGAGAUCAAAGUCGUCCCUUGUGUGUGUGUCUGUGUGCAUAUAUAUAAAUAUAAAUAUAGAGAGAAAAGAUUUGCAGAGGAUUCCCCCCUCCUCCUUUUUUGGCACUUGCUGGGGGUGGGGAGCAGGCUGAGCCCCCCGGCUGGGGGCUGCACUUGGCUGGAGGGAUUAAUUCUGGACCAAACCUGUUCCCAAACAGCCACCGGGGGGGCAGCAGCAAAGUACUUGAAUGGCUUAGGACAGAGAGUCUGGAGAGAGUCAAGUUGCACAGUGAAAAUAUAUAUUUUUAUACCUAGCACAACUUCCUGUAUAUUUUGGGGUUUUUUUCUUUCUUUUUUUUUUUUUUUUUUUUUCCUUUCAUUUCCAUUUUUUUUUUUUUUUUCCCUGAUUUGGGUUUGUUUUAUUAAUUAUUAUUAUUAUUAUUAGGAAGGCAAACUUCUCAAAUGUGAAGGGCGUUGGGUUUUUUCCUUAUCUGGUAGAUGAGGGCAAGCAUUUUGCACUAAUGUUUCCUGUGUGUGGAGGAUUAAUGAUAUGUUUGAAAAUGUUAUAUGGUAAUGAUUGUAUUCUUCCGAGAAAAAAAAACAAAAAAAAACAAAAAAAGCAAAAAAAAAAAAACCCUUAAAACUGAAUGUAAGGUGAGAACAGAGCAGUCCAUCGAUUGUAUGCGGCUUUCCUGAGUGCCUUAGAAUUUUUUGAUCAUUUUUUUUCCAAGGAAAACAGAUUAAGAAGAUCAGAUCAUAACCGACUCCUUCCUCCUCUUUGUUUACGACACUAUUUUAAAUUCUAGAAUUUUGGGGCUGCUUUAUAAUGUGAAUAGGAAAACUGCAUUCAUCUAGGUCUGACAGUGUAAAAUCAGAGCAUCAGUAUUUAUGGUAUGUCUGCACCUUUAUUCUUAUGCUUGACUAUUAGCAAUAUUACCUGUAUAUUCUAUAUCUGAAGUUAUACCAAGCACCUUUAACGAGCGCAGAGUGUAAAAGCACCGAGUUCCCGCAGCUGCCAUAGUGUAGGACCAGCUCCUCUCCUCCUCGUUAAUUAGCGCUAAUUAAACACCGCAUGAGCCUCUGCCAUUCCCCGCUGUGACACGGUGACAUUCCCGUGACAUUCCCGACUGUUCCCGGCGCUGGGGGCAGGGGCUGCCCGCUGCCAUUUCCCCCCAGCGCCCCAAAAACUGGAAGUGCCCGCGGUGUUUGGGGGGCAGAGCCCCCUCCGUGUCCCCCGGGACGGGGGAUUCGCUCAGAUCCCGAUUUUUUCUGGGAAUCGCUGGCUGCGGGUGGAGAAGGACCCGUGGGAAGCCGGGGUGUCCCCAAAAUGUCCCCAAAGUGUCCCCGCAGCCAUCCCGGGAUUCAACUGCUGUUCCAAGUGUUCCAAACCCUGCUGGGAGCCGAGGGGGCGAGUGGGACACACUCACAUUGGAAACCCCUCCAACUCCUCCUUGAGUUUCUUCCACUGUUAAAAGCGUUUUGCACACACACAAAAUUAAAAAAAAAAUACAAAAAAAAUGAUGAUUUUUACAUCAAGGUUUAAAAAAUAAAAAAAUAAAAAAAAAAAAGCCAAAACUUGCAAUACUAUUUUUAGCAGACAAGAAUAAAGAGAGAGAGAGAGAAAAAGAAAAAGAUAAAUAAAAUAAUUAAUAAAUAAUAAAAAACAACUGAGUAUAAAUGUAUAAAUAUUUUUGACUUGAACAUUUGGAUGGCACUUGAUUCAAAUAGAACAUUAAUCCUUUGGACAGAAUGUUUGGGGAAAAAAAAGGACUUAAAGUACAAGGUUGUUUUUAAAGCGUCUUCAUAGGGUAUUAAGUAGUACUGUAAUUCAUGACUGUUAAAAAUACUUUCUGUGCUGUAAGGAAAUCUCACAGUACCACUGAAUUAUGUUCCUCAACUGUCUCAGCCACAAACGAUGCUAGCUUCUUUUUUUUUUUUUUAAUUUUUAUUUUAUUUUAUUUUUUAUCGUGCAUUAUUCACUAGUAUUUAUGUGCUCUUACUCUGUAUAGUUCAGACUGUUAUUUUGUAGCCAUGGCUGACACGAUAUAUCAGUAACUAAAAAAAAAAAAAAAAAAAGAGAGAAAAGAUGAAGACCCCCCCCUGAGCUGGAACUGUGCUCAUAGCUGUUUUCAUAUGAUGAAAAAAAUUCCAUUUAAAAAAAAAGCAACAAAAAAAAAACCAACAACCCAAUGUGAUCAUUAAUUGUAAAACGCUUUGUAAAAUUCACAUUUACAAAAUAAUAAAGUAAAUUACAAUUAAAAGGU